GAAAGUGGAGAGUUCCGUCUCAUUUAUCCGGCACGAUUUUGUUAUCGUUCGCUUGACGCUCGAGUCAACUCGCCCAUUUACUCCGCACUCGUUCGCACUUCACAGUUUGUUUCGAGACGUGAGACGAUGAGGUUUGCGGAUGCUUGCAAUAUUUCGACUACGAUUCGAUAUCACGACAAGCCCGAUCAAGCCGCUUUCCGUUUGCGCUUUCUAUCUCUUUGCAACAGAAAUCAGCCCAAAUGCAUCUCAUUCUCCUGGUGCAGCAAAUGACGUAAAACAGAAUAAUACUGCGUCCACAGCUGACGCAAGUCGAACCUUCAGGUUGAAGAAGAAAAAAAAAGAGAAUAUAUACGCGCGCAUUUCAAAGUGGAGAGUAACAAUUAAAAAUAGGAAGAAAGGAAUAGAAGACUGGUUAUAUACGCGUCGGCGAGAGCGAAUGAGAAAGAUGCCGAGGAGAUUCGACUUACGAGCGACUCGAAAGUGUAUCGAAAGAAUUGACGACAUACAAUAACUUAUAUACAGUGUGUAACAGCGAAAGAUAAUACGAAGUAAGUAUUCAUACCAAAAGAGAAUUUCGCGUCGGAUACAAAUUACAGAGAACACAAAUGGAACAUCCAUAACAAAUCUCACGGAUUAGAAUUAUUAGAAAUAUAAUUAGGAAAGAAAAAGAAGGCAUUUACCAUCACGUAAAUUUACCGUCACGUCGUAUCGCGCGGCGCAGUACAAAAGUGACAGUGUGUUGAUUAUUAUUUAUUUUCCGAAACGAGCGAUUCUCAAGUUGAGGAAGAAAAAAUACUUUUUCCGCCGCUCCGCGAUCAGGACCGCGAAGAUCGACCAAAAAUGUGGUGCUCUUCCAGCGAGAGCGCUCAGGAGGAGUGUGUUCGAGGAGUCGAGAAGAGAUUGCGGGACGAUGGGAACAAUGACGACGACGACAAUGACAACGAGUUUGUGAACGAUAAUGUCGACUCCGGAUUUCUAUCGGCUGGCAAUAUGCAGCUCAGCGACGAGAUUCGCGAGUCUUGUGUAUCACAGCCGCGACAGGAAGACAAUUGGCGGAUAAACGAGCAAGUUGCAUCGACAUCGGGAGCGACGACCUCGGUAUCGCCGUUAUCGUUAGCGAUAGUGGCGGCGGUCGUCGACAGCGGCGUCGUGGACGUCGACCUCAGCGAAAGCCUGAACCAGCUCACCUUGCAAAAGCAACCCGUUCAGCUCCCUGGCUUGAAUCCCCUCGCCAUUGACAGCGGAAUUCAACCCGAGCCGACGACAAUCUUUAAACUAAUGCCCGUAAAAACGGGGUUCAAAUCGAACCAAAGACUGAGGCAGCACCGGGACGAUCUUUUGCUCAAAGAGUAUCAGCAAGAAGGUGUCAAGAAAUGUGCAAUAAUUAAUGAGAAUACUUGGCAGCUUUACUAUAUGCAGGACGAUGAUGGUGACACGCAAUUGCACAUCGCGAUCAUGCAGGGUUACGUGGAGGCUGCGCUCAUUUUGAUAAGGCUGGCUCCUCAUCCGUGUCUGUUGAACAUCUACAACGAUGACUGGCAAUCAUUUUUGCAUCUGGCAGUGUUGACGAAUCAGUCGCUAAUCGUUAGACGACUGAUUCUGGCGGGUGCAGAUCCAUCUUUGAGAAAUUUUCAUGGAAACACAGCUCUCCACCUAGCGUGCAUGAAUGGGGAUCUUGCUUGUGCCAAGGCACUGACGGAUCCAUUGUCCCCAAUGGAAAGGAAUAAUCUGAUACCCGGACAAAUAGUACCAGCUUUACCUCAGAAUUUAGAGCAGCGUAACUAUAGCGAUACAAGUUACUUCAAUCAGCGCGGGCCUAGUUUGGACCGCGAGACACCAGCGAAAUCUCCAACGACAAUGAGUCACCGUGAGAUGUGUUUGCACUUGGCCGCCACUAACGGACACGUGAACUUGGUACGUCUUCUGUUGCGUCUCGGUGCCGAUCUCGAGGCGAGGGAAGCUUUAGCGGGAAAAACAGCACUUCACCUUGCAAUGGAACGGAAAUGUCGAUCGGUAGUUAACUUCUUGUUGCAAGAAUGCAAGCCUUGUUUAGACACACAGAUGUACAGCGCCCUAACGGCCUAUCAGCUAGCACUGUGUAUCGACAGCCAGCUUGCCAGAGAACUGGUGCGAUAUGGCGCAAAACCGGAGCCGCUGCCGGAUUCGGAUUCGGAUUUGGAGAGCAAUUCCGAGGAUGAAACUUAUGAUGAGACGAGUUAUUUGUUCGCGAUCGUCAAGAUGCAAAACGCAGUCGAAUUGAAAGUUUAAAAUAUUCACUGAUAAGUAUCCGAUUAAUCGAACGGACUCUAAGCACUGUAAGAUGAGUGAGAAUGAACAAAAUUGACAAAAAAACAUGUAUAACAUAUGUGCAUACAUACGAAAACGAAUCUCGAAUUAUAUUAUAAAAAUGACGGUUUUGUCGAAUUCAAGUGGACGAUUGCAGUGAAACAAGAUUACAAAAUGAUUAACAUUAUAUCUCGUGCAAAAGUGGUUUCAUACAUUAUAUAUGUAUAUAUACUCGUAUAAUAAAUAC